UUUUUAACAAAACAACUUUUGGGCCAAAGCUCUGUCAAUUUGAGUCCUUCGAGAAAGUAAAGAAUGGUGGGAGGCAGAAUAGUUAUCGUCUCCGCUCUACAGUUCGCUUGCUCCGAUGAUGUCUCCAAAAACGUCGAUGCUGCCGAAAGAUUGGUUAGAGCAGCUCAUAAGGACGGUGCAAAGAUCAUUCUUAUACAGGAAUUAUUUGAGGGUUAUUACUUCUGUCAAGCACAAAGGGAGGAUUUCUUUCUGCGAGCUAAACCUUGUAAGGAGCACCCUACAAUAAUGAGGAUGCAGAAUCUUGCAAAAGAAUUGGAAGUAGUAAUACCAGUUAGCUUCUUUGAGGAAGCAAACAAUGCACAUUACAAUUCAGUAGCUGUAAUUGAUGCUGAUGGGACUAAUCUUGGACUUUAUAGGAAGUCCCAUAUCCCAGAUGGGCUAGGAUACCAGGAGAAAUUUUACUUCAAUCCAGGUGACACUGGUUUCAAGGUAUUUCUAACUAAAUAUGCCAAAAUUGGAGUAGGAAUUUGCUGGGAUCAGUGGUUUCCAGAGGCAGCUCGCGCUAUGGUACUCCAGGGUGCAGAAAUAUUGUUCUACCCCACUGCUAUUGGUUCUGAACCUCAGGAUGAUGGCCUAGAUUCUCGAGAUCAUUGGAGGCGGGUAAUGCAGGGGCAUGCUGGGGCUAAUUUGGUACCUGUAGUUGCUUCAAACCGAAUAGGAAAGGAGAUAAUUCAGACAGAACAUGGCAAAAGUGAGAUCACAUUCUAUGGGAACUCUUUUAUAGCGGGACCCACAGGAGAAAUAGUUGCCGUUGCUGAUGAUAAAGAAGCAGUUCUUGUCGCAGAAUUUGAUCUUGAUAAAAUUAAAUCCAAGAGAUAUGGCUGGGGGGUAUUUCGUGAUCGGCGUCCAGACUUAUACAAGGUUCUUUUGACCUUGGAUGGCAGCAACAUUUCUCUAUGAUUUAUCAAUGCUUUCUGGUGGAGAUGAUCAAUAAAAAAAUCAAGCAUGUUUCUUUGCGUUUCGUUUCUCUGUGGGAAAAUUUAUCUUUCAUUAAUUGAAUGAAGAACCAUAUGUUUGAACAUCAGUCCGAUGAGCCAUGUAACAGCGAUAUGUUCAAUGCUUGAAAAACGACGUUAAUCAUCACGCAGAAUCCUGCGUCGCGUACAGUGAUACGAUACAUGAUGAUGAAAGAAAAAAAGGAAUUCUAGAUUCUGUUUUCCGCCAUAACGAUAGAAAAAAGAUUGUUCAAAUUCUA